UUAAAUAGGUAACUUAAUCUAAAAUAAAUUAAAUGGAAUGUAAACAUAGCGGAAUAAUAUAAAUUAUUUAAGUCUCUUGUACCAUAUUUUUCACAGAAAAUAUCAGAUUUGCAUAACCUAUAACUGAUUUUAAAUCAAGGGGUUUUUGUACAGCUAUUUGUAAUAGUUAUAUGCCGAUACGUAAGCAUAAUAAGUAAAACAGCUUUGCUUGUGUAAAUUUCCAAUAAUAUCGAGUGAGGGUCUUUUUUAACUAAUAGUGGAUUUAACACAUAUCUUUCGUUUUUAAGCAAAACUCGAACACAAUAGAUAAUUAUGAAUAAUAAACAUACAAAAACAUUGUUUUUUAUCGUGAUAACAACCAACUUAAAAUGUUCCAUAGAUUAAACAAAGAAUGAUUCGAGCAAGGAUUAUUUUCAGAUAUACUACAUUGACUACAUUUCAAACUAAAGUCUUUCUACAUGUUUGAAAUUCAUACAUGUAGAAAGACCUUAGCACGGAUUAUUUGCGGUAAGAAGUGCUUUUAUGCAUACAAAGACUUAAUGAAAAGUAAGUUACUGAAUGGUGAGUCUAAGCUUAGAAUCUACAAAACAGUAAUUAGACAAGUGGUCACAUAUGGAUGUGAAACGUGGACCCGGUCAACCACUGAUGAAAAUCAAUUGAGAAUAUUUGAGCGCAAAAUAUUACGGAAGAUAUUUGGACCAACCCAAUGCAGCGAUGGUUCAUGGAGAAUUAAAAUGAACCACGAGCUGAAUGAAUUAAUGCAGAGCGCAGAUAUUGUUAGAUUUGUAAAGUCACAAAGACUAAACUGGCUUGGUCACCUAGAAAGAAUGCCAGAUAAUAGAGUUGUAAAAGUAGUCUAGAGAUGGAAGCCCCAAGGAAACAGAACGAGAGGAAGGUCCCGGUAAAAGAUGGAUACAAGACGUAGAGAGGGAUCUUAAAACCAUGAACAUCCGGCAGUGGCGAAGAAAAGUGUCCGACAGGGUGGAAUGAAAUAGAUAGAACAUUUGGAUCAAAAGGGCUGUUUUAGGGGUAAGCCCGGGGGUAAAAGUGGUAAACUUUUCUGCAUCUUUUUUGGGAUCCCAAAAUUAAUAUUCUCUGCAAAAUUCAGCUUAUUUGUAUGAUUUUUAGGGAGCAACUCUCUGACGACUGGACUAAAAUAGCUACCACGAAAAUCUAAAUAUAAGCUUAAGUAACGGAGUUACUUACAAUCAUACUUUUUUGUCCAAAUUUUGGUUUAGUUUUUGCUACAGAUUCUUAAAUCAGUUAUAAGUUAUGUAAUCGUACUAAAGAGGUCAGUAGCGUACAACUCUGGUAGUACAAAUAUCACAAUUGUUAAUGAUGCAAGUACUUUUAC